AAAACAGUGAAAACUCAUGAAAGUCUAGGACUUUUCAGGGUCACCUUCUUCAAUCAAAGAGGACCCCUUUUGUUUUGCCUUAUUUUGCCCCCACCUCUUUACCUGUUCAUGGAUCCCAAGGCCUCCAAGCAGCCACCACAGGAGGUACCCAAGUUCUUGAGCCUACCACCACAACCCCAACACCAACACCAUCAACAACAAAACCCACAACAGCAGCAACAACAGCAGCAGCAGCAGCAGCAGCAGCAGCAAUCGCCACAGAACAUGGGUGAGAACAAACCAGCUGAAGUCAAGGAUUUUCAGAUUGUAAUUGCAGACAAAGAGGAGGGCAAGAAACAGCAGUUGGCACCCAAGAGGAGCUCUAACAAAGACAGGCACACAAAAGUUGAAGGCAGAGGUAGGAGGAUUAGGAUGCCUGCUCUGUGUGCAGCAAGAAUCUUCCAGUUGACCAGAGAAUUGGGUCAUAAAUCUGAUGGAGAAACAAUACAGUGGUUGUUACAGCAAGCUGAACCGUCUAUAAUUGCAGCCACAGGGAGUGGAACCAUACCGGCAUCUGCUUUGGCAGCAGCUGGAGGUUCAGUUUCACAGCAAGGGGGUUCUCUAUCAGCAGGAUUGCACCAAAAGAUGGAUGAUAUAGGGGGGUCCAGUAUAGGGUCGGCUAGCAGUAGGACCAAUUGGGCAAUGGUAAGUGGCAAUUUAGCAAGACCCCAUCAUGUGGCUACGGGUCUAUGGCCCCCAGUCAGUGGGUUUGGCUUCCCGUCAUCAUCUGGUCCAUCUGCUACGAAUUUGGGAAGCGAAAGUUCUAAUUACCUGCAAAAGAUAGGGUUUUCUGGCUUUGACUUGCCUGCUACUAACAUGGGUCCUAUGAGCUUUACCUCAAUUUUGGGUGGCGGUAACCAGCAGCUGCCUGGUUUGGAACUGGGGUUGUCUCAAGAUGGGCAUAUUGGGGUUCUGAAUCCACAAGCCUUGAGCCAAAUUUAUCAGCAGAUGGGUCAGGCUAGAAUGCACCACCACCACCACCAGCAUCAGCAGCAACCUCCUGCUGAGGAUGAUUCUCAAGGGUCUGGUCAGUAAAGUAGUAAAAUUUGGUGCGAGAUUGAAAAAAGUAGCAUUGUUGGGAGAGGAUGAGUUUUUCUUGUAAUGGUUUCAGUAUUUGUAUAUUUGGGAAAACAAAAAAUUGAGAAAGUUCAUGCCUGCCUGAGAGAAUUCUAUAGGGACUUGAUGGAUUUGGUUUUGCCCCUUCUUUCUCCCCGCCUUACGGCCCUCACCCAAGCCUCCAUUACGUAGGUGGAGCUGUGCUCAGCCAAGUAGCUUGAGUUUGGGCCUUACUUCUUGUUUAAUUCAGAGGUGUGUUGAUUAUAUUGUAACUUGUAAGGCAUCUUUAAUUUCUUUUGUUCUUCUCUAGGUCUGGAUGGAGUGCCAAUCAGUUUGUUUGUGAAAUUAAACAUAGAGUUUUGCUGUCAUACAUGUCCGGUUUAUUGCUAGAUUUGGUAGAAUUCCUUUUUAACUGGCAAUAUUACAUGAAACAUAAGCGAGCAAUGAAUGAUCACAUCUGGA